GUCGUUUCGGUGCAAGAUGCAAGUCAGAUCUUGACCGCCCUCACUGGAGUGGCAGUCUAUUCAACAAACUCGUGUAUCGAUUGAGUUGGACCUUGCCACUCGUCUUUCUCUUCCUCCUUCGACAUGAGCGAUCCAAAUAAUCCACCAUCUGAACCUGUGCCAGGCGAUCUGUCAGGCGAACCUCCGAAGUUGGCAAAGACGCUCAAAGAUUUGCCAGAAGACGAUACUGAGCCACCUGCUUGGGCCACUACAGACCAAGCAGCAGCAGCAGCUGAAAUAGCUCAGGGUGGAGCCUUCGAGCCCCCUCCAGGAUGGACUAUAACCGAACCCACCGAGUUAUCUACACUAGGACCAUCCACCCUCUUCAACAUGAAUGAGGCCACUAUUGAGGAUACGAUUCCCAAGGAUCGACCUUUAAUUGCUCCCUUGGCACCUAUGGCAGUCCUUCGCGCAGAAUAUGAGAACGGGAACACCAUCUUUGUGAAGCAGAUCGAUUGGCUCGUAGACAAGGGCUAUAAAGGAGUUCGGAGAACGAGAGGAGAUGGUGACUGUUUCUACCGAUCCCUUGCUUUUGCAUAUGUGGAGAGGAUCAUGCACUCGGAUGAUCCUGAACUCAAUGUUAUGCGUGCGAUCUCCACUCUCGAGACAACACCAGCCAUGCUCUCCAGCGUCGGGUUCCAAGAACUCGUAUUUGAAGACUUUUUUGACAUCUUCAAGAACCUCAUCAUGCGAAUUGUGCAACCCGAACCAGGGAAGUCAAGAUUGACCGCAAGGGCAUUGUUUGACACAUUCAACAAUCCUGAAGAGAGCAAUUCGAUCGUCAUGUACCUUCGUCUUCUCACCUCCGCGCAGAUUCGUCUGGAUCCUGAGGAAUAUGCACCGUUUCUGUUUCAUCCCGAGAUCGGAGAACCCAUGGAGACUGUCACUUUCUGCGAGAACUUUGUUGAAGCCGUUGGCAAGGAAGCAGACCACGUCCAAAUGACCGCACUUACUCGUGCUCUCAGAGUCAACGUCAAUGUUGCAUAUCUAGACGGGCAUGCUCACAAGGAUGGUGAGAUCGACGUUGACUUUGUACAAUUCGAGAAUGCACCGGAACCUGAAGAUCCUAUCACUCUAUUAUACCGCCCGGGCCAUUAUGAUAUCCUUGAUAAUAGGGAUCAAGAGUCACUGACCCUUGAGCCAUUGUAAGAUAUUUCAGGAGUUCUAGAGUACGCAAGUAUUAUAACGCCCGAAGUGUGUACGAUAACUUGUAGUCGCCUGUGCAGAACAUCGUGUAAACAUCAGUAUUGCACCUAUCACAAGUGAUAUCCUUGGGAGUGAUCAUC